CAUUCAUUCACUCUUACACACACAUUUACAUUAUAUUCACCCAUAUUCACACACUACGCUUCUUUUACAUUGUUCUACCGCAUCCCUUUUAUACACAUAUACCCAUAUCUACCUACAUUCAUACCUCUCAUUCCUCCCGGUUUACAGCCCACAACUCAUUAUAAAGAACAUUAUUAGAGUAAUAAAAGUUAGGCGAGGGGUAAAAGGGACAAUUUAACAAGAGAGACAAGGAAACAAAACAACCAAACGGGAGCAGGAACAGCGAGCCAGGCUACUCACGCUACACGAUAACACAAAGUCAUGUUACUCUCGUUGCUCAGAACGAGUUGGCGUGGAGCACAUUAUCUCGCCUUGUUAGCCCUACUCACCCUGGCUUUCGAUGUCAGUAAGGAUUGUGGACUUGAAUACUCACUCUGGUUAGUCUCAUGGUAUAUCGCCAUGGUGUUCUUCCGGCGCAUUGUCUCCAGGCGAUCCAUCAGAGUUGCGAUAAAGAGCGGUAUUAUGCUUGAGCCUUUGAUCGUCGUCGGACUCUUAUUCCUUGCAAUGUUCAGAUCAACCAAAGGUACAUCGGGAUCACAUUGGUUCUGGGAGUCCAUUAUUAAAGGCUCAGAUCCUGUCCUUACCAUUCUCGAGGGCUUUGGCACUAUCCUUAUAAUCCAAAAGUCCUCUCAACUCAUUCGUCGUCUUGCAGCAAGAAGCGAUGGGUAUCAGAUUGCGUUCUUAGUGCUAUCUGCAUCUGUUUAUGUGAUUUCUGGAUUUGGGCUUUAUCAUCUCUAUGCAGCUUCUUCUCCCGAACUCGUACCAAGCGUCAAAUCAGCUUCUGUCAUUGGGUGUUGCAUGACCCUUACCAUUGUCCUUUCCAUCAUUGCGCUUGUCUCUGGAAGAGGCGUCAUUACAGAUACAGCUUUUCUGUUUGCCUAUAUGGUCAUGAGCAUGUACAUUGCAGCAAGGAACGAGGUUAUUGAGAACGGACCUGUCAAGGCCGUCAUGCCUCUUCACAGCGCGGUACAGUUCGGACCAUUCUCUAUUCCUUAUCUUCGAAGCCUGACCUUACAGGAUGCUGAACGGAUCACAAUCCAAGCAAUGGUUCAUCUCUCUCAACUUAUGACAGUCUUGGUCCGUGCGCUUUCGCCCAAUGUACUCAUAAGUCUCCUCUACCGCAUGGGUGUCCUUGUCGCUGUGUCCCAUAUUGCUCCAAGUUUGAAUAUCGGACAGGACGGACUUUCUGGAUCAUCGUCUUCGGCUAAUGGCCAUGGAUAUACCAGAAGCAGUAGAAGAAAAUCAGAUGUCUAUGGUGAUGAUGAUGAUGAUGAUGACCUAGUCAGUAUAGGGAUGAUGCCAUUUUUAGCCAGCAUGGCUAAACCUGUGCUGUUAAUGACUCAUACUCGCAUUCUUUUGCAAUACUUUGGGUACUUGAAACCGUCGUUGGCAAUCUGGGGCUGGUUAAAUAGCUUUUUAAGCCUUGCUCUAUUUGCAGCUGAGUUGGUGCUGGCGCGAGAUGAUGCAUGGGGGCAUUAUCGAUCUGACUAGGAAGGGAAAAUAAAGAAAUCAUUGAGAAUUGGAGGUUGGGCUAGCGGGAAAGCCAGCAAACAUUUGUAUCAUCAUCGCAUAUAUUGUUUCGUUUAGUUUGUUUUAUUCUUUAAUCAAUAAAGAUUAUAUUUCUG